CGCACGUCCCUCGCGCGACUCGCGUUCGAGCGCGUCCUCGACCUCGCGAACGAAAACCCGCGGCGUUCCCCCGUCGACCCUCAGAUCGCGACCGUCGAUCGAUCGGAUCAGCCCGCGCGCGCGAGCCGUCACUCUUCUAACUCGAUUCCGAUCGCGUCGUCCGAGGGAUCGUCGCGCGAGGAAGCGAUGACGACGAUGGAGCUCCCGAAAGAGGAGAUGGAACGGAUGAUGUUCUUCGAGGAAGCGCGGAUCAGAGCGGAGGGCGACCACGCGAAGGACCCGACGAACGCGCAGACGCUGACGCGAUGGGGCGGCGCGCUCCUCGAGCUCGCGCACUUCAAACAAGGCCCGGAGGCGGUCGACAUGAUCGAGCUCGCCGUCAGCAAGUUCCAAGCCGCGCUCCUGAUCAACCCGAAGAAGCACGACGCGCUGUGGUGCCUCGGGAACGCGCUCACGUCCCAGGGGUUCUUGUUCCAAGAGGCCGACCGCGCGGGGGAGUACUUCGACCAGGCGAAGAGCUGCUUCCAGCGCGCGCUCGACGAGGAGCCGACGAACGACAUCUACAAAAAGGCGCUCGAGAUGACCGACAAAGCCCCGGGGUUACACGCGGAGCUUCAGCGGCAGCUCGCGGAGCAGCAGGCGCAGCAGGACGCCGCGCGGGGUGUGAGGGGCGGUGGUGGUGGUGGCGGCGGCGGCGGCGGCGGCGGCGACGGGAGCAAGGGCGACGACUUUUGGUACGACGUCGGGGGGUGGACCAUCUUCGCGGGAAUCGCGCUCGGGUGGGUCGUCCUGUUGUCGCGGAACGCCCCCGCCGCCGCGUGA